CUUUCUGCCCCCCCAUUUCCUGCGCUCUUGGUGCGUUGAUUAGCGAAAAAAAAGCCCAUGUAGGCUGCAUUCUUUCGAAAUGACACAAUAGUCAUGCACUUUGUAGACAGGGCCUGAUGGAAAAAGUCAAAACAUGAUAACUAAUGUACAGGUCCCAUGUGAAAUGUACUGUAAAAAAAAAUGGUAUAUCUUAUUUCGUGGGCAAAUCUAGUCGAGCACUUUAGGUGACAGGUACAGGCGCCGUGCACAACGCUUUAAUUGUCGUUCCUCAAUUCUAUCACUAGAGAGCGACCUGACACUUCUUUUUCAAAGGGAAAAACAUCUUAAUAGAGUUGAAAUCACUCGCAGUCUCUUGCCCAGCAGACCGCUUGCUUCUUCAGCGGGUAUUUGACUGUGUGUAUUCCCUUAUCACGCGCAAGCAGGUCUGCGGAUCGCGUCCUUCCUCCCUCUGCGCGCAGGAUGGACCCGAAGAUAACCGAAUCGGACCCUCCAUCAUAUCGCAACGGAAUCACCCAGGUUCUGCAGUACGGGGAAUUCACAGCCACUGGCAACCGAAAGGUGAGGUACGCGGUGAGUUUAACCGAGAGAGACCUCACCAUUCAGAAGAUCACGUCGACACCUGCGGGACGGAGCAAGGUGGUUUUCAACUUGAGGGACUGUGUCGGCUGCCGGGCUUUCAGCGCAGAUGACAACGCGGACGCGUACUUCUCUGUCUAUUUCUACCCUUUUAAAAGACGAUGGAUGAGCUCUGGAGUGGCCAGGCAGCGGGUCGAGCAGUGUUUUCGGGUAGCCCUGUUCCAGGACCCACGCGCCAACCUAGAGGAGGCAGAGAAAUGGGCUGGCACCAUCCGGGAGAGCUCUGUUCGUCAACAACAUUUGAGAAAUCGUGUGCUUUACAGUGAGGUGCACCGUCCCUGCAGCGUCAUGCUACUGGUGAACCCCCACAGUGGGAAGGGCCAGGCCCUCAGCCUCUUCACCGGACACGUCCAACACAUGCUCAACGAGGCCGGUGUCCCACACACUCUGGUCAUCACUGAGCGGCAGAACCAUGCCAGGGAGUUGGUGAGAGAGGCUGACCUGUCACAGUGGGGUGCUCUAGUCAUCAUGUCCGGGGACGGACUGCUGUUUGAGGUUGUGAAUGGCCUGAUGGAGAGAGAGGACUGGGAGGAGGCCAUUCAGACCCCACUGGGCAUCCUACCAGGGGGCUCUGGUAACGCCCUGGCUGCUUCUAUACACCACUACUCUGGGGCCCAGCCGGUGUCAAGCGAGGAGCUGCUGGUCAGCUGUGGCUUCCUGCUGUGUAAGGGCCUGGUGUCUCGCAUGGACCUGGCGUCCGUCCACCUGGGCUCCAGCCCCUCCAACCCCACGCGCCUCUUCUCCUUCCUCUCGCUGGCCUGGGGCUUCGUGGCUGACGUGGACGUGGAGAGCGAGAAGUACCGCCACGUGGGCGCCGCCCGCUUCACCAUGGGGACGUUGGUCAGGUUGGCAUCUUUGAGGGUGUAUAAGGGCCGUCUGGCAUACCUGCCGGUUGACGAGGUGGAUGGAGAGRAGGARGAUCGUCAAUCGGCAGUCUCGYUGGAGGAGAUGACUAGCGUGUCACCUCAAUGCCAACCGCCAUCGUCUGCAUUCUGCUCCUCCACCCUCCUCUGCCGACCUUCGAAGGACUCGCCGUGCCAGAACGCAGCCCACAACUCCCGUAACUCAAACAAUUCCUACAAGGCGAAGAAUUGGGAACCCAUGUCCGCUAAUGCCACCCUAACAGGCCCGCCAGACUCUCUCCUGGUGCCCCUGGACCAGCCGGUGCCCAGCGACUGGGUGGUGGUGSCCGAGGAGGACUUUGUCCUCAUGCUGGCCAUGUACCAGUCUCACCUGGCAAAGGACCUGUAUGCCGCRCCCGACUCUACACUUGAUGACGGCCUCAUCCACCUGAUAUACGUMCGAGCAGGCAUWUCGCGCACGGCCCUGCUCCGGCUCUUCCUGGCCAUGGAGAAGGGCACCCACCUGGCCAACAACUGCCCCCACCUGGUGUACACCCGGGUGCGGGCGCUGCGGCUGGAGCCCUACUCGCCAAAAGGGGUGAUCACGGUGGACGGGGAGGUGGUGGAGUAUGGGCCGGUCCAGGCCCAGGUACACGGCGGGAUAGCCAGGCUCAUCACUAGAUGAUUAACAAGAUCCACUGGAUAGAUAGCUAGCGUUAGCAUGUUAUGCUAAUGGUAUGCUACACUAAACACUAACAUUAGUUAGCAUUUUCUGGACGAUGCUAUGCUAACAACUAGCGUUAGCAUUUUCUGGACAAUGCUAAUAACUAGCAUUUUCUGCUCACAUCUAAAAGGGAGGUGGGAUUAAUGGACUUUUUAGUCUUCUCUCUGAAUUUAUGCUUUGAAUUGAAGGUUCGGAUUGGAAGUGCCAUGAAGGAGUAGCAAGGCUAGAACACAAAAAGUUCACAAUGGGUGGGUACGUUUAAUUUCUACAGAGCCCAAUGUGCUCAAUCUCCCAUUCUCCCCAUUAAUUUGCAUUUAGGCUGUUCUAAAAUGGCUUCCCACUAGCACAAAGAAACUGGCCUUUAAUUGGCUGUUCCAAGCUAUGACAUAAAUACAUUACUAGAACAGAGGUGAGAGAUCGAUCAAGAGCUAUGCUGUCUUAUAAUUAUGGAGUAACUCAUGAAAUAUGAAUAUUUUCGCCCCACCACACAUACAUUCUCCGUACCAGGGGUACAUAUGAUGUAGGGCUUGAUGUAGUGUCAGUCACCCACCCUGUCACUCACAGACCCUGGGCAUGCUUUAUGUCUAUGGGAGGGCAUCUCAACUUUAAUUUUCCUUCUUAUGCAACGAAUGGGGUUUGGAUAGAUGCCUUCACUGCUCUCUUCCGCUGUGACGUGGAAAUAUGGCAGAUACAUACAAUCUCCGGGAGCCAGCAUUGACAUUAUUAGGAACCAAUUCAUUUGAACUCAAGUAAUUAGGGGACAGUUACGCCGAUAUCAACCCUCAACCGUUGAUGCUCAAUUACCAUAGGGUUGUUUUUGAUUACCUUGAAUCUUGAGGGUCAGUAGUUUAUCCUAAGGCCUAGACCCGGACUCUGGACUACUUGAUGACCGGUUUUGGAUUAGGCAUUGUGAUGAGCUGAAAACGCACCAUACUUCCAUGACUUCUUCAAUCAACCAGCCACCUUACAUUGACAUGCAAACAAAUAUAAAGAAUAUAAAGACGUAUCUUCAAGUAAUUUGAUAUGUGCUUGUUUUAUACCUSAUAUUUCCAUGAACCCCUAGCUUUAAAACAGCCUAGAGUGAGAGAGACUGCCUUUAUUUAUUGUGCUGUGGCCUGUCCUGCAGAGGAAGGCAUGCAGCACAGGUCCAGGUUACGUGAUUGAUGACUUGUAGUGCCUGUAUCAGGUCUCCAACUGCAGUCUUGCCCCAUACCCCUCCCCCCAUCCAUCCUUCUCCUCCAUCCAAUCCAUCCAUCCCCUCCUCCUCCCUUUCUCGACACUGCAGUGCACCACAGAGCAGUCCCAGUUUCUUUUGUCUGCCUGCAGCUACAGCUGACACCCCAACAGUACACUACACACACACACACUGUACAGACCCCUUCCCCUUCUCAGCAAUCAUCACCUUAUCAUAAAGCUUUAAAAACAGAGAAGAUAAACUAUGAAAUGAUGACAAGAGCAACUUACGGCUAAUGUGAUGCUAAUACAGUAGCUAGCCUGAGUUUACACUCGUCUUAGCCUUCUUCUGGACUGAUUCUGAACUCUCGGGAACGAGGGUGAUUAUUGUGCCUUAAAACACAAAAGGAAGAGAGGUGGCGCUUGAUUAAACAGCACAUUGGUCAGGGGAUGGWAAAGAGGGAGGGAUGAGGGAGAGUAUUGACUUGUUAAAUGCUGCAUGAGGGAYCAGCAUUGUGUGGGAUCCAUCCCAAAUGGCACCCUAUUCUCUAUAAAGUGCACUACUUUUGAACAGGGCCCAUAGGGAUGCAGACGUGGUCUUGGCACACAGCCCUUCUCCACAGAUAAACAUGAUGUUCAUUCUCCACAGCAGUGUAACAUAAGGUUCUGAUUGACACUGAAUGUUCAUCUUGUUUGCCUUAGGGGAUGAUAAGAGGUCAUGGAACUGGGGGAUAYGCUGAGMGAAUGUUGUUGGGCCUCGGUUUAWAUUUUUGGAGCCACAACUGCCCCUGAUAUGACUGAGUGCACAUUUGRGCCACAAGAUUUUCCCAAAAUGCAAAAAUGUCAGUUUCAUGUUGUGAUAUUGUGCAAUGACUGGGUCUCUGAUGUUGCAAACCUUUCAUCAGUCCAGUCUAAAUAAUUAUAAAUGGGGAAGACCAAAAUKACAUAUUUAAAGAAAUGACAAAUGUGAUUUUAGCUGUGCAGCAUGCAAAGGAAAGCACCCUUGCAUUGUUUGAAGUACAAAAUGAUUAAAUCUGCUUUUAACCCUUUCAGGGACAUGAGCUCAUCUCAUUCCUCCCCCUACUGCUGAAUUGAUUGAGCUCAUCUGGCGUUCCUCCCCCUACUGAUUGCUAUUUUAGAGCAGCAGCACAUGCCUUUCCAAUCCUUACCUUGGUUGCGUUCUCCUGCUCAGACUUUGGAUGCAUCAACCAAUGGUUGUGUGCCACGUCCGACUGACAGAUUGCAACAGUAUUACGUGGUUAGCCGAUACAUAAAAAUACAUAUCUAGGAGUUGUAARCUCUGGCAGUCGUCGGCAACACCUGGGCAGAGGAACGCGCCCCUUGGCAUGCUAGAAAUCAAUGAGUCAUUAUGAUGGUGAAAAUAUCAAGACGCACAUGAGUCGCUUAUUUCAGUUCCUCCAUUAGAUAAAUUGUUGUUCAGAAUUCUUUGAUUGUCACGGGAGUGUUCUGCUUGGCUCGGGCUUGAAACAUGCUCAAAUCCAUUCCUUAUAGCUAGUUUGGGCCUUCAGAUUUUCCUGACCACUUCACUUGACUAGAAAACUCUGGGCCCUACUCAUAGCCUAUGCAGCCCCUGGCACUUUCUCAGUUGUAACAAUUCUUACCCUCUUCAUUUUGUUUGCACUGAUUGGAAAACAUUUGUCAGGUGGAAGCUCGUCAGUAGGCCGGCAGGCUUUCACCUGGUCAGUUCUUUCAGAUCAGAGCAAUGCAGGAAAGGAAACAGGGGCAGAUUUUAGACGAUUGAGAAAGAGCCCCUGAAACUGUUUGGUGUGCCUUGAACAUGUCGCUCCUUAGUUGUGAGAAGAGGGGUGUGUACUGUUAUGACGCUUAGAAGACUUGGCAUACAACCCUGACACCGGUCCUAUUCAUCUUCAAUAUUUAAUUUAUGAGGAAACGGACCUACUCCAGUAACCCAGUUCCAGUUGAAUGAGCACUUGCUUAAGAACGGAAAAGGAGGUUUGAUGAAGCUUAAUGUCCCAGUUUGUGAAAACUCAGGCCCAGACCCUAAUAUACUCCAUUGUUGACACUUGAAGGUGUAUAGCUAAAGAAUUUCAGUCCGGUACUAACCCAAAAAUCUUGGAUUUGUUAGAUGUAAACGUCUUACUGCUGCUGCUUGAUUGUUGUCUUAUUGACCGUGUUUUUCAGGUGUAUUUGGUGAAGGGAAAGUGACUGUUCUUUUUAUAAAUCUUGAUUGAUGUUCUUUACUUGAGUUGAAUACAGAGUUCUAUUUUUCCACUUGGCAAAUGUUAAAUCAAAUAAAGUGAAAACCAAAACA